AUGGCGAGAAAACCUGAUGUUUUUUAUCCAUCUUCCCAGUAUUUGCUGAAGCCUGCAUCUCCAUCCUAUGCCUGUCCUGUACGCAAGAAGAACAUCAGGCGACGUAGAUGCAACAAGUGUAAGGGUUGCUUGAUGGAGGACUGUGGCAGGUGCUACGACUGUCAGAGAAAACGUAUCUGCAAGAAGAAAAAAUGUUUGGAUCCACUUCUGCCCCCUGCUACCCGCUGUCUGAUCUGCACCCAGACUGGCACGGUGUCUGCCCUGAGUGAGUGCAGCACGUGUGGGGAGAUCCUCCACCCACGUUGCGUGGCUGUGUUAGGGGAGAGGGGUUCCAAGGACGGCAGGACCUCACAGACAUGGGAGUGCCCCAAAUGUUGUCAGGGCAAAAUUGCACACACAGGGGGUAGGACGUACUCAGGCCCCCUGCCCACCCUGCUAGAGAACAGUCUCCUGCUAGCAGGCUUCACUGACUACCUGGCCCGCAACUGCUGGGCCCUGGGGCUGUGUGACACAGACUCCCUGGGGUGGGGCGGUGACCCAGGGGAGAUCCUCAGGCAGCUGGCUGGGAUAUGGGUGGAACAUCUCCCCAUUGCCAAGAAGGGCCUGUCAGGGGAGGACUUUGAAGGCCUGGUGGUGAGUCUAGAGGACAGUGUGGCAGUGCUGGAGUGGUACGGACAGAACCAUGGGAUGUUUGACGGUCUGGUCCCGCUGGCCAGGAGGAUGGUCGGGGUCGUGGAGGAGGUCAAGUCUGGGUACUGGGAAGAGGAAGACCCGUACCUCGUGGAGAAGACGGAGCUGCCAAAGAGGAAGCGGUCCAGCAGGAAGAGUCAGGCCACUACAAGCAAAAAGAGCCCAAGGUCUGCUUCAGAUAGCAGUCCUUUGGAGAAGAAGAGCUCGCUGUUCAGGUUUCUGACCUCAGGCCACAGUUCUGCCGACAGUAGCCCUGUAGUCCCGGCAUCUGACGUCUGCUCACCAGAGUCCUGCACUGACACUGCAACGGAGAACAGUCUGGCUUACAUCCAACCAGCAGACAAAACAACCAGCCUUCCAACACCCCAAGUUGAGGACAAGCAGGUUGUCGGAGUAGGAGAAGGCCCAAACAAGGAGCCUGACAGUGGAACACCUAGUGACCUCAGCAACACCCCCGACAGUGACCCCUUCCCACAGUUCAGCAGGAAGUCUGACAGUGCCUUCCCCUCUAGCUGGUACGUUGAGGACAGUGACAGCGAGGACUACCUCCCUACACCUCCUAGAUGCCCGUCACCUCAGCCAGCCAACCAGACAGACAGGAACCUGCCAGUGUCCCCACAGCCCUCUCCAAAGAGGCUCAGAGAAGACAGUUCUGACUACAUGAAUGAUGCGCUGGAUGUGAUGUUUGAGCAUGCUCAUCCCAGUCUCUCCAGUACAUCAGGGUCCAUCAAGAUGUCAGCCAACAGCGCAACUGCAGAUGACUUUGUCAACGAUGUAAGAAAGAAGCUACAAGACUUUUUCUCAGCAACUGAAGCCAGAGAAGCCAGAUAUGAAGAGUCUACUUCAUUCUCUAACUCCACUGGUUCCCUGGCCCCGUCUGGGCAUACAUACCGAAGACAGGCAACGGUACGUGAAAGUCCCCACGCAGGGCUUGAAAUCAGGCAAAAUGUUGCCACCACCCAAUCUCUUCCGACAGGGUACCCUCAGGCUGCUUUCCCACAGCAAAUGCAGCCAGGUCACUGGGACCCAACAAUCAACAGGCCACCACCAGCAGCAGGUCAGAGCGCUACAGGGUACAACUCCAUCUGCCACUGUGCAGCAUGCUGUAGGCCACAGACCUACAUGCAGCAGCCACACCAGAGCAGAGCUUCAAAGAAGACCCAGCGCACAGCCCCACCUGUGAGCCACACACCGGCAGGAAGGAGCAGGCAUGCCACUGUAGCGAACAUCCCUCCAGUCAGGUCUUACUCCCCCUCCUGGCACGCCACCAACCCACAGUUGCAGGCAGCGACCAACGGGAGUGGUAUGUCGUCCUAUCACCAAGGAAGUUGUGGGAACGAUGGGUUGUGGUUUGAUGUGAACACGACGCAGCCGAUGCCGACAGCUUACCGUGCCACAGUACAGAUGAGCCUGGCCCCACAGGAAACAAGGAAGGUGCAAGGUCAUCCAGCACAGCCACGGGCACCACUUGGUGACAGUAACAGAUACAUUCCACCUGCUAGAUAUGGAGGAAUGAGGAGCAAAGGAACGAAGGAUGCUCAACAUCACAGUUACUGGCCUGUGGAGUAGUCUGGAGCAUUUUCUGUGGGUGGGAUGGUUUGUAAGGUCCUCAGGAAAACAGGUUAUCUGUACAAUGCCUGUCUUGUUAAUGUUGGCAUUUCUGUUUCAAAAAUUGCAUGCUUUUAUAGAUUUUAGAGUAGAUUUAUGCGGUAGCUUUGUUGUUAGUUGUUGUUGUUCGGUCAUACUUCUGUCCUGAACAAUGCAACAAUAGUUGUAGGUGUCCUUUAUACUACAACUUCAUUGUUAUUAGUACAAAUGUAGUAUUUUAACCUUCUUUUACUGUUGAUACUUUGUUCCUUGACUAACUUUACUAAUUUGUGUUGGGAGAACAUCAACACUUCUGGAGAUAUCUAUUGCAUUGAUCUUACAAUAUCAUAGGAUCAGACAGAGCCUAAACAAAAAGUGUCCUGCUAAUAUUUUGUUCCAAAGUUCAUUGACUUUGUUGAAGAGUUGUUUUAGACAAUCAAGUUUUAUUAAACACAAAAAAG